AAGUAAAAUUACCACUGGAGUCAAGGAGAGAAAGCAAACUCCUUCUGUCUACACAAUGGCAGCUUUUUCGUUUGCAAGUGGAUCAAUUCCAAAACUGCUAGAUGGAAAGAUGAUCGGGUUCUGCCAAUUAUCUGAAACAUGUCUUCAUUAUAGAGUUUGCACAAUCUGGGUCAUCUAAAAGAUGUUGACUAAUGGCAGAAUCACUUGUUUUAAAAGUGUUUCUAGACCUGCAAGAUCAAGGAAGCUUUUCUCUUUUUGUUUCUUAUGUUGGAAGGAACAUGUUGCUUUAUCCUAUCACCUAAUCUUUGGGUUGUGCAUCCUACAUAGCCAGAAUCGUGAAUAAGAAUGAAACUGAAUAAGAUGAGAACAACUUACAUUUAAAAAAACGUUUUUCUGAAAACUUGAGCAAGUUUCUGCAAGUUUAAACAGAGCUAUUACAUAUCUUAUAAAUAUUAAUUGUAAGUGUUCCAAAGAUUUUUACCAGUAAAAAAGAGAAAAAAAUUAUGCAAUAAAAAUAAAGCAGACAAACAUGAUAUUUUACUGAUGAAAUAAAGCCUUUGGCUCAAAUUCCAGACUUUGGCCAUUCAAUAAGUGUUAAUCAGCAAAAAUUCUUCAAAAACCCUUGUUGUUUUUGAAAUUUUUUAAAUGUUCUCAGAACUUUGUCUAGUUAAUUUAACAUCCCUUUGUUAUAAUUCAAUAGCAUUAUGCUAAGAAAAUUAAACUAUAAAUUUAAUUUUGUUUUAAAUGGUCCUGUACUCUAGUCACAUCUUUAACAAAAAAUUGUGCUUGAGUUGAUGAAAGCAUUAAAUAUGGUAAAAAUACAGUUCAUAAAUACAUAAGUAGAAUAUGGAGUUUAAACAUAUUAUCAUAUUAAAGAGAAGCAAGAUGUGAUUGUCAAGGCAUAAAAUAUUAAGAUCAAAUAAAUAUGACGCAACAAUUUUAUAUGUAUAAAACACAGUGUUCUAUAAAAGAAGCAAUUUCAAGUAGAAGAAACUUAUAACAUUUGCAAAAAGGUUAUAAAAGUGUUGGUACCUAUGAAUUUUUGUAAAUCUUUCAAAAGAAAAGUGCUUGUUACAAGAUACAGAAAGAUGUGACCAGAAACAACACAUUGCAACAUAAACAAGAAACAAUAACUGCCAUUAAAAGAAUUUUUAAAAAUAUGCCACCCUGUACAUGGAGCUAAAGUGAUUCUGCCCCUUUCUGAACCAAAAAAACAGUAUUGGGCCUUGGUGACCUAUCUAUUUUAUAACGGUGGUUUACCUUACCUAUACAUCUUGUAAAAUACUAGAAGAAAAUACUCUCUCUAAGCAUAUAGUUCUCAAAUAACUACUUCAGCUAUCUAUCCUAAGAAUUUUCUAGCAGAGAGAAGCUUAGAAUUGACUGUCUUAGCUUCUAUUUGUACUUGUUAUUCAGUGCCUUGGACAUUAAAACUGCAUUUGAUUGUGCUUGUCGAUGAGACUUUCUAGACUCCUCAAUAACGUCUUUUAUCUGUUGCGUGUUGACCUCUGCAAAAGAGUUUUGCCCAACUUGCACAUCCUGCAUCUUUUGCGUUUUAAUGUGAUCUUUUAAUCGCUCAACUGUAUUUUCUGCAUCUUGAUAUGACCUUUUAAGUUCAUGAAGCAAGUUCUUCGACAGCGUAUGGUUCACUCCCUUGUACAUUCCCCUGACAGUUUUAUCUAACUUUUCAAGCAGAACAGAGGCAUUUUGGAAAUCUGAACGGCUCUGCCUUUGUGAUGUCAUUGGCAUUAGUAUGAAAUACUUAUAAUUUCAGGAAGAAUUAUUACCGACACAUCACGAAUCGACACCUCACGAUGUCUACACACUUAUCAAAUCUCUUUCCUAGAGUAGAACCUAUUCGGCAGCCGGGGAAUAAGAGGCUGAUUCAAGAUGUCACAACAACAUUUGCAUCAACAUUUGGCAUGCCUAGGCAAUUAUGAGAGUUUCUUGUCAUUUACCUGAUAAAAAGAGAUAAAUUGUUGCUAAAAAUGACGGUAAGAGCUCAGGUAUGCUCAUGAUAUGGCUUCAAAAAAAAAGUGUUCAAGCCCUGGGAGUAAUCAGUUUCAGUUCAUGGAUGGAGUAUGUGCAUAUUUCUUUGAACCUGGGAUUGGCAAGAAACGUGUCGAAAUUUUAUGCAGGCAGCUAGAAAAGUUUGGUGGUACAGUUGUUUCACAAUAUGGUGACAAUAUUACACACAUAAUAACAAGUAAAAGUUUGAAAAUUGAAAAACUUUUUAAGGCGUUAAAGAUAGAUAAUAUUAGUGAAUCAGUGAAAGUUUUGGAUGCUGACUGGCUGAGUGCGUGCUUUUUUGCUUGCAAGAAAUGUGACUAUUCCCCUUAUGAAAUGAUUAAAGCAUCAAGUGCAAAGAGCGAUGAAACUUUGGUAGAUGAAACAAUUGAGGUUCCAGAGAAGAUUCGAAACAAUUCAUCGUUUGUAUCAACGCAACCCACAAAGGAUGAAAGCUUUAAGUACGUCAAAAAGAGGAAAUGCGAGGAUAAUGCUGCUGGCAGUCAAAAUGAAUCAGCCUACAGUGAUUCGGAAAAUGAAUCUGAAGCUACCCAGGUUUCCCCUUUAAAAAGAGGUACAAUGGCAUCGCCAGCCAAAACGUCUGGUGCAUGGCUAUGCAUGAAACCGUCAACAAAAGCGGGAGAAGAUCUUAACAGAAACAUCAUCGAAAAGCUUGAGGUACUUGCAAAAGCAUACACAAAUAAGCAAGACCGAUGGAGAGCACUGGGAUACCAGAAAGCCAUAGCUUCUAUCAAAAACUACCCCAAAAGGAUAGAAACAGUUGAGGAGGUCAAAACACUGCCAUUCAUUGGUGACCGACUAGCAAUUAAAAUAGCAGAGAUAAUCGAGACAGGUCAUCUUCGGCGCUUAGACCACCUCGAUCCAAAUAUAGAGAUUAUUAAUAAAUUUGCUGACGUCUGGGGGGCUGGACCUAAAACUGCAGAAAAAUGGGUAGCUCAGGGUUUCAAAACUCUGGAAGACAUUCGUUUGAAAGCUAAUUUAACUUACCAGCAAAAAAUUGGGCUCAAGUUCUAUGAUGAAUUUCUUGAAAAAAUAGAUAGAGGAGAAGUUGAAGAAAUCCAUAAGCAUGUGGAAGCAACCGCUUGUGAACUUGUUCCAGGCAUGCUUGUUGUAACAUGUGGAUCAUACAGACGAGGUCGCCAAACAUGUGGUGAUGUUGAUAUUCUGAUGUCACAUCCUGAUGGCCGAUCACACAAGAGUUUUCUUAAGCGUAUUAUCGACGCACUUCAAAAGAAAGGAUUAAUCACCAAUGAUCUUGUAACUGUGGAUAAUGAAGAGCAAAAUAAGUACAUGGGCGUUUUCAAAUUGCCAGGCGAGAGCAGAAAGCAUCGAAGGCUGGAUAUCAUAGUUGCCCCAUUUUCGGAAUGGCCAUGCGCCCUUGUUCACUUCACGGGAUCAGGGAGGCUGAAUCGCUCAAUGAGACAGCUAGCAAAGACAAAGAAUAUGUCUUUAUCAGAGCAUGCUCUACGCGAGGGUGUUAUCCGACAGGGCGAGGAAAAGUUACAUGAGGGAGCAAUUGUACCAGUAUUUAACGAAGAGGACAUAUUUCGCCAUAUUGGACUUGACUAUUUGCAACCAACUGAAAGAGAUUGGUGAUGCCACGACUUUGACGGUCAGCGUGCAGCAGAUAAAUUCAGAUCAUUGUAUGAAACAUUAACAUUGUCAUACAAAGAGCACGUUUAAACCUGUACUUUUAUACAGUUGAAUUCCAAUUUAUUAAUCACACACCCGUCGACUGCCUAAUGUAGUUAUUUGAAUUUCUGCAGAAUUCACUCUAGUCAAUUGUAAGGAAAUGCUUCCAAUUUAGAAAGUCAUGGCUCGGACGAUUUUUCAGCUAGGAACUAAAUUUCUGGUUGACAGAUAGAAAAACGAAAAGAAAGGGAUAAGUAUUGUUUUCAAUGCUAUCAACUUUAAACUCUUCACAAUAUCGGAACGGAGCCGUGUAGUGGGAUCUUCGGCGUAAUUUUCUUUUAAGUGCCUCGUAAUCUUUGAAAGUACAGCUCUUUCCAAAGUUCGCAGAUUCUCAAUUUACUUCAAAUGCAUCAGUGUAGACAGAGAUCACUCUCCUAAUAAGGUGAAUCAACCGAGUCGCACAUAAGUCGUAAAUGAUUAUUUUUAAUGUAAAUGAUAUCUAUUUUCAUGUGUUCAUCUAGCC